AUGUCCGACUUUGAAGAUGAAAUGGACGUUGAUGUCCAACCCUCUAAGGACAUCACCUUCUCCUCGGAUGCCACGGCCAAGGGCAAGCGCAGCGCCGCAAAUCUGCCCGUCGAGGCCGAGGACAGUUUGCCAUGGGUCGAGAAAUAUCGCCCAGUAUCCCUCGCCGACGUGUCGGGCCACCAAGACAUCCUCGCCACCAUCAACAAGUUCGUCGACUCGAACCGGUUACCCCACCUCUUGCUCUAUGGCCCGCCCGGCACGGGCAAGACGUCCACCAUCCUCGCCCUCGCCCGCCGCAUUUACGGCUCCGAGAACAUGCGCCAAAUGGUGCUCGAGCUUAACGCCUCCGACGACCGCGGCAUCGACGUUGUGCGCGAGCAGAUCAAGACCUUCGCCUCCACAAGGCAGAUCUUCACCAUGGGCUCGUCGGCAUCGCGGUCGGGCAUCGCCGGCUUCAAGCUCAUCAUUCUCGACGAGGCCGACGCCAUGACCAACACCGCGCAGAUGGCCCUCCGCCGCAUCAUGGAGAAGUACACGGCCAACACGCGCUUCUGCAUCAUCGCGAAUUACUCCCACAAGCUCAGCCCGGCCCUUCUGUCGCGGUGCACGAGGUUCCGCUUCAGCCCGCUGAGGGAGCAGGACAUCCGCGUCCUGGUGGACAAGGUAAUCGAGGAGGAGCAUGUCAAGAUCACGCCCGACGCGACCGACUCGUUGGUGCGGCUAAGCAAGGGUGACAUGCGUCGGGCGCUCAACGUGCUGCAGGCGUGCCAUGCGUCAAGUACACCGCUCCAACCGCGCGACGCGCCAAAAAUCCCGGACAAGGACAUCGUCCGUGAGACCAUCACCACGCAAACCAUCUACAACUGCGUCGCCGCCCCGCCACCGGACGCCAUUAAGAAGAUACUCAACACGCUACUCAGCACCAGCGACGUCACGUCCUGCCUGUCGACCAUUAACACACUCAAAGUGGCCCAGGGGCUGGCCCUCGCCGACAUCAUCACGGCGCUAUCAGAAGAGCUGGUCAAACUGGAGGUCAAGCCCCAGGUCAUGAUUACCUGGCUGGACGCCCUGGCUGAGGUUGAGCACAGGGUAUCAAGUGGUGCCCACGAGGCGAUACAGACGUCGGCGGUCGUGGGAGCGAUACGGAACGGCGUCGAGUUGAUGGGCUGA